GCGGCUCCAGGAGGGUGGCUCACCUUUGCCGGUUUCACGGCUCAGCGAAAUGAACCCUGAUGAUGUGGCUUUGAUCUCGGAGCUUGUUGGUAUCCUUCACACCAUGGUCAAGUGCGGAGACCUCGAGAUCAGCAAUCAAGCAAUGAAUGAUAUUCAUGCCGAGAACGGCAUGGAUGUCUUCGAGAUGCUGUUGGAGGUUGCGGCUUCGAGUGCGAAUCCAGAUCCUCUUUUUUUGGCAAUCUCGUACGAGUGCGUGUACGUCUUCGUGCAGAGUGACAUCAUGAGACCCCGUGUGCUCAGCAAAGUCAUCAGUCGCCUCAGAGAGACAGCCAUUCUGCUUCCAUACAUCCGUGGUCCGUACAUAAAAGAUGUGCCGAAUGAGAAGUACAUGCAGCUUUGGUGCAAAUGCGAACUGAAGUAUGGAAUGAAGAACGACGCUCGUGAGCGACUGGAGAAGAGAUAUACAAGCCUGGACCCGGACGAGCACAGCCUGUGGCGCGAACUGGUUCCUGAGAUCCGAGAGCUUCAGAACACCAUGAUGCAUCGAACACUUCUGGGCAUCGUGAAAAUCAUCCAGCUCUUCAGCGACCUCGCACGGCGUGAUGACAGUCCCCCGAGCCUCAAGAUGGUGACGGAUCUCCUGAAUGCCAACGAUCGAGAGCGGCUUCUAAUCGGGCCGACCACCGGUCUGGUGACGUGUCCGGACUUCGACGUCAGGGUGGAGAGUUUGAUUUGCAUCCGACAUGUGUUGGAAGCCACGCCAGACCAGUUUGACCUGGAAGAGAUGGGAUGGCUGCUGAACUAUCUCACAUCUGUGGGCAUGGGCAUCGGCAAGCAAGGCCAAUUCUUGACGGAGGUGAUCGACCUUAUCAAGAUGUUCGUCAGAAACAAUUCUCGAACCGGCCAGAGCUUCCGGAACAAGUUUGCCAAAUACGCGAUUCGGGAAUGCUUCGAGAUGCUCACGGUGAAUAGCCGGAGGGAGACGCAUGGCAACAAGGAGGAGGCGAAAGCCAAGGCUGACCUCACCGCGAAGAUCAUCGAGCUCCUGAAGGACUGCUCAAGGCCUUUGUCAGGUGGCUUGCGGAAAUUUCUGCGGCGGGUUGAUCUGCUACAGUCCAUUCGAGAGGUUUUGCAGCAGGAGGAGCGCACCAGUUCGAAUCCUGCAACGCAGAUUCUGGACAUUUGGACCGGCAGGGACAUCCGUCAGGUGCUUCUGCCAAUUGUGACAAGUCCUGCCUUCGACGUGCAUGGCCCUGUGGUUCAUGCUGCAUUGAUGCGGCUCGCAGACGUCUUGCAGGGGAAACCAGACUACAUGCACUCCGACAUACUGAAGGAUGUGCCGCCAACGGACGAAGCAGGACCCUGGCCGGGCCUGACGAUGCUCUACAGGCUCCUAGACUACCGGGAUGCGAUCGAGAACGAGGAUAGUGGCUACCAGCAGGAGUACUUCAUGAACAGCCGCGGCUUGGACCCCCUGUUAGACUUUGCCCACCGAUUCUUCGCAGCCAACGAAGAUCUCAACAUUCUUCUGAACAGGGUUCAGGAAAAGCUCGCACAGGAGCUCGGUGAGAAAGAGAGGAAUCUGCGGGCUAAGUGGGAAGGCCGUCAACAAGACACGCACCAAGCCGAAGCAUCAGUAAAGACGAAGCAGGAGGAGCAGACCAUGAGUGAAGUCGUUCAGGACUGCCUGACGGCGCGCCUGCGCAGCCUGAAUGAGGGGGCGGCUGCACACUUUCGGUGCAAUCUCAACCAGUAUGACCAGAAGAAGCAAGAGUUCUCCCUUUCAAAGCUUGCCAAAGUCUUCCAGAACUAUUGGAAAGACAAUGAGAAUCGUGCCAACCAAGAGGUGCAAGAACGUAGUGAUGCUGUCUAUGAGCUUCUCCGCAUCCCUGACAAGAUCGCCAUAGACGGGCAGCUGCGAGACGUUCAGGAUCUCGGCCGAGUGCCCAGGAAGCAGCGACGUAUCCGCCAACCGCACCGGGACUUCGAGAAGCUUAUGUACCAAGCUUUGGAAGCCCACAAGAUCAUGAAGCAGAUGCUCUGCGACUCAUCCAAAAGGGACCACAACGAAGUGGCCAGGUGGUGUCAAUACGAGCCUGAUGCCAAUGGGCCUCCGAGCGUGCUGGCCAUCGGUCUGCUGGACUUCCUGCAAGACAAUCAGGCACUGGCGAUCGAUGCAGGACUCCGUCCUCGCGAAGAGCUGCUGGUGCAGGACAAGUACAAGUACUUCAAGCGCCACGAUCGACGCACCAAUUUGUCCUGCAUCGUCUUGGAGUUCCCGGACGCUCGUUGUCUGCUUGCUGCACUGCAAGAGUUCCUGAAACGCGCGCAGCGGCUCUUCCUUUACCAGGUUCGCAAUCGCUUUCGUUCGGCCUCCGACCUUGGAGAGUACUGCAUUGCCUUGAAGUUCCAGCUUCAGCUGAAGGACUCGUCAAUCCACUACUCCGAGCUUCGCAUGUGCUUGAGUGGUAAGUCCAAGAAGAACAACACAGUGCAGCAGUAUCGUGAUACCAUGAAGAAGGUGGAAGAGAUCUUGCAGAGCAGCUGUGAUGUUCCUACCUCCGAGACGACUUUGGUGGCACAGUAUCUCUCGACCAUGCUGCGAAGCCGAAGCAUUCACCAUUCUGACAUAAUCUUCCUCCGCUGCAAAGACAUCAACCUGGAGGUGGACGGCGAGGAGGUCUUCGCCCAGUCGGCCGAGCUGACGAGCUGCCAACUCUUUGUCAUUGAGCGAGAGGCGGGUGACGGCGUGGUGAAGACUGGCGACCGGAUUCGCUUGAAGUCCAAAUUCACGCAGAAGUACUUGGAUGUGCAUGCCAGCGGGCAUUUGAGAUGUCGCCUGCCAGAUUUUUCAGAGGACUACGACAUGACCUUCACAGUCGAAACAAUCGGAUGCAGAGACGACUAUGCUCUUAGCCGUUGUGGAAUGAAGGGCAGCUUGACCGAGUUCCGCAGUGUGCACACAGAAACGUCUCUGAGACUGAAGGUCAGUGCCACCAAUUUCGUGACAGUAAGGCAGGGUGCCAACUUCUUGACAUCAUUCGGCGAGAAGCUUUCCGUGAAGAGCGAGCCGAACGACGUCGCACAUGAGGCCGGCCAAGUCUUUACGAUCUUCAGAGACGGUGCGUUGCUACUCGAUUUUCAUUCGACACACAGCGGGAGCCGUGCUGCCAUCAGGACAUUGGCGCUCGAGACCUCCGACGAAAUUCUUCAAAAGACAAUGAUGGAAGCCCACAUGCGGACGGAGAUUUCGAAUGGGGACGUUGAUGUUCAAGGGUCGUCCUUCCGAACUGUCCCGCCGGAAUUCAAGACGAUGAUGUGGAGCAUCGCUGGGCAUUUCCGCCAUGUUGGACACUCCAAGCAUGCAGCCUCUCACGAGGCAUCAAGUCUGCACAAGUUGUGGACGAGGGCCUCCAAGAAUCUUGCAGCCAUUCUGCGAUGCCUUUUUGUCAUGAUGGAGUUCCCACAGUGCGUUGGUGGUCGGAGGUAUGUCUUGGAUACUUUUGCCACGCGAAUGACGCAGCACUCCUCCCUGCCGAGGAUCAUUGCGCUAGUGUCAGCCGUGCAGCUCGUUCGAAAAGAGAAAAUGCCUGACGGUGAGCUGGAUUUGACUUGUGCGUUGCUGCCGAAGAAGUUCAUGCGAUUUUGUUCCGCUUUGUUGUCGAACCUCUGGGUUUGCCAGAAGCCGGAUGAGGUUGAGGCAGUUUUCUCUGUGCCACGGGAACAAGAACGGCAUGAAAGGGAGCUGGCAACGAUCGAUCGCGAAAGAAUGCACUUGCUGAGUAUGAUGGGUUCCUACACCUGCGAUAUGGUGGUAAAGCCUAUGCUGGACAAGUUGCGUGUAGCUGGACAGCGGCCUCUCAGUCGCGACGAGGCCCCAUGGCACGACUAG